CCGGCUGGGAGUCAGACUGUCGUGGUUGUGUUUUGCUUUGGGGUUUUUUGUUAUUGUUUCUGGUUAUUAAAGAGACUGAGUCCGGAGGGGGACAGCGUGCCCGUGUGCGUCCAGACGCACGGCGAAGCCCCAAAAAACUCCGCGCACAAAGCAGCGGCUUUACGCACAAAGUCAGGUUGAGAAGGUGCAGGAUUGCCAGCCUUUGUUUUGUGUUGCCAUGGAUAAGGCUUGGCGAGUGGAGUUCAGGAACGUCGGCUGCAGUUAUUUCCCUCAGAGCAGAGUCGACUGCCACUACACACUGAGUUCACAGCACAUCUGGACCAGCAAUGACUGGAUCGGACUCUUCAAGGUGGGAUGGACGUCGGUGAAGGAGUACCACACUUUUGUUUGGGCUUUGGCCCCAGAUGACUAUCAAGACGGCACAGAAGUCAACUGCUGUGUUCAUUUCUAUGCGUCGUACCUGCCCAAGCCCAGCUCCCAAGACUACGAGUUUGUAUACAUUGAUGCAAAAGGGGAAGUUUGCUCCCGCAGCUCCAAAUUCAGCUUUUGUGCACCAAAGCCGCUCGAGGAUCUCGUCACCCUUGAAGAAGAGACUCAUGGAGAGGAGGAAGGCACAGACAUGCUCCUGGUCGUACCCAGAGCCGAACUGCUGCAGAGGCGACUGUGGGAGUGUCUGCAAGAGCGUGCUGAGCUGCUGCAGGUGCAGGAAACGGCAAAUAAACAAUGGAAGAAAGAUAAGGAGGAGUACAGCAGGGCCAAGGAGGUCUGGAACAGACAACGUAGAGAGCUGGAAAAUGAUAUCGCCAGGCUGCAUGAAGAGCAGAAACACCGUCUGGAGAAGCUUGCGGAGAUGGAGAGGACACAGAAGGAAGAGCAGGCGAGGGGAGAAUCACUAGCCCAGGAGAAAACUGCCUUAAUGGAUGCAAGGGAGGCGAGUGAUGUGCGAAUCAGAGAGCUCGAGGAGGACAUCAAAACCCUGACACAGAGAGCGGUGGAAAGAGAGACGGAGCUGGAGAGGAUGAAGGAGCGAGCCAAGAAGGCGGGAGCUCUGAGGAAAGAAGAGGAGAGUGAGAGAAAGAGCCUGCAGACCAAGCUGGAGCAGACAGAGAGUGAACUCAGGAGUUUGUCGAAGGAGUUUCAGGGCCUGAGGAACUCUCUGGCCCAGCGAGACACCAGCGUCCUGCAGCUCCAGAACACCAUCACCACCCUCACCCAGAAACUCACCACCGCCCACAGGAAAGAGGCGGAGAGUGAGGCGUCACUGAAGGAGAUGCGGAGCCUGCGGGAGCGUCUGCACAUGAGCGAGCGCGCUGCCGAGGGUCUGAAGAGCGAUCUGAGUGGCAUGGUAGCCCAGAGGGAUCACGGCCAGGCCGAGCUGCAUCAGGCCCGGCUGCAGGCGGCACAGCUAUCGCUCCAGCUCGCAGAUUUCAGUCUGGCCCUGAGAGAAGGGAGAGCGCACUGGGCUCAGGAGAGGCUGGAUCUGCAGAACACAUCUGAGAAAGACCAGGAGCGUUUGGAGAAGCUCAGCGCAGAGAUGCAGAGGAUGGAGGAACAGCUGCAGGAGGAGAGGAUGGAGAGAGUGAAACUAGAGGUUGAAAUUGGACGAGAGAAAGAUUGCAACCGGGUUCAGCUGAGUGAAACCCGCAGGGAGCUCCAGGAGCUGAAAGCCAGUCUGAGAGUCGCCCAGAAAGAGAAGGAGCAGCUCCUCGCAGAGAAACAGGAGUUGAUGGACUACAUCUGUCAGCUGGAGCAGAAGAUGGGAACAGUGGCCAGUGCCAAGUGGAGCGCUGCCCCGAUCGCAUCCACAGGCUGCCCUGACGGCGAGCUGUCCGACUCCGAGGACGAGAACCCAGAGGCUCUGCAGAUCCUCCACCCGCCCAGGCCCCUGGGACACUACAGCCUGUGCGAGCAGGGCCCGCCCGACUCCCUGCUGCUCUCCACCCCGCCCGCGUCCCCCAGGGAGGUGGACCGGAGGGCCGUGGUCAUCAACCAGCCGGCCCCGCUCUCCUCGCCACACCAGGCCGGCGCCGACACCCUGGCGCACAGCUCGGACUCGGAGGAGGAAUCUGAUCCACUUCAGUGUGGAAGGAACAGCUCUGGAGACGAUACAGUCCUUUUGUUACCUGAACACACAGACACCGUCCUCAGUGAUCUGGCCGACACCUCGCUGUGGUGAGCUGCGGACGUCUGACCGCGACAAGCGAUCAAAGAGAGGAGAAAGAGCACACCCAUGGAUUUGGUGUGUUCCCCGCAUUAUUUCCACUAACAAGCACACACACUCACACACACACACACACACAGCUCACUCACUACACAAACUGUUAAUAAGCUUCUACAUCGUAUCUCCUGCAGACCUCUGUUUAUUUCCCACUGUUCUGUCGAUGCCCCUAAUGUUGGUCCAGUGGUGGCGGGUCAACGCCACGUUAAAUGACCCACAUUAGGCGGGUGCACAGUUUAAGCUGGCAGACUUUUAGGGACCGACUCCGGCAUUUGAGAGUUUGCGGGCUGUAGCGGAAUGAUUUCUGUUGAAUCAUUGCGAUGUCGAGAGCUUUACGAUGGAUGUUAUGUCGUUUUUAUGGCAUUUGUGAUUAGGAGUCAUGACAGGCACUGUAAUUAUGAUGUUUUGUGCGGGCCCGGCUCCACUGGAAAUCAUGGCAAAACUCUCCCGCAGCUUUAAAUUCUCCACAGCAGCUCUGAACACUUUUUCAUGGCGACAUAAAGUCAUGAUACAGCAUCAUGCUAAAUUAUACGGCGGUAAUGUCGGUCUAUGACAUCAUAUUUCUCCUCCAUUUGCUCAGAACUAAGAUUUGAUAUGCACUUUGUUGUAUGCAUUAGCAGUUGAUUGUUGUCAUGCAGAUGCAGUUAAGGUGAUUUAGCGGCGCAGACGCUCCCUAAGAUGGACAAGCUUUCGAAUUAGAAGGCUUAUUGAACAGAUUGUGUUUAACGUCUAUUAGGAUAGACGCCACAUGCAACUUUCUACUUCACUGACUUCAUAUCGUCAUUAUUCCAAAAUUAAUGCUCAUAAGCUCCUCACUAUAGAUCAGCUGCGGUUUUUAUUUCUUAAUGAACCUUGGUUUUACGUUUGAUAGUUAUUGAAAUUUACUAGCCAUUUAUUUGGAUGUUUAGCGUCGGUCUUUAUCACAGUUUAUAUUGUACAGAAAUUUUAAUUCAGACACAUGCAGUUCUAAAUUUGUGCCUAAAAUAAUCAAGUCAAAAGAAAAUCAUCUUUAUAGAUCCUAACGUCAGCAUCAUGAUGUUAGGUUUUUUUUCCCCCUUUCCCUGUGGUAAUAUACUGCCUAAUAAAAAUUGCUGCCUACCUUUUAAUCAAUACUGUAUGCAUUUUUCAUGAUUUUCUAUUUAUAAUUAACUUGAGUUAUGCUGCAAUUAAACUAUAUUCAGGUUUAAGUAGAAAUAGGUGUUCAGUUUGUGCAAUGUGUAACAAAAUUUUCCAUGCUUGGCUCAAAAAGAUUUGCUUAGAUACCUUUGAUGCUUGAUUUUAUCUGCUGUAUUUGCACCCUAUUUUUAAUAGAGAAGACUUUUUAGAUGAAAAGUUGAUAUAUGGAUACUCAAUAGUCUGUCGUGUUUUCUCAUCACUAUUAUACUCAUUACGGCGUGUGUUGUGUUUACUCAUAUUUUAUCCACUUUUUAUGUUUUUACUUUCUGCUUUCACAUGUUGAGGUCUGUUGUUUGUGAGAUAUCGGUGCUCAUGAAAGGGAAAUGAAAUGAAAUACCAGCAUAUUGUGUUGAAAGUAGAUGUAAAAUAUUUACAUAUAUAUAUAUAUAUAUAAAUAUAUAUAUGCAAAAUGAGUUGAUUUUAAUGUUUAAGCCGCUUCUCCGGGAACAGGCUUAUCAAAGAAGUGGUGAAAGGAGUCAUGUCUGGUUUACCUUGUGUCACUGCGUCUGCUGAUGUUACACUACAUUUUAACGUUUUCCAUAUGCAGAAGUUCGGAAGGGUUGGAGGAAUCUGGCGUUCUUUCCCAGAUGAUGGCACACUAAAUGUAUUCUCCAUAGUCCGUGUUUGUAGCUGUAAUCUGACUUUAUGUCUUAAGGAAGUGUGUGUUUUUUUUGUCGUUCCACUGAGGGCUCCUGUACGAGUGCUCCUCGUCGGGACUCCAUCUCACUCUGCAAUAAAGCUCCGGUGGUUACGCUCUGUUUUGAAGUUCUGUGUGUGAAGGUUAUCCCACAUCUACAUCUCCGGUUCUCUGUACUUUCUUACCCGUCAUGUAACAGGGUUUGGGUGGGGUUCUGCAUAAUAAAACGGUUUAUGUAUCCAUUA